AUGCUCGCCGCUAAGCAGCCCCUCGUGGUCCCGAUGCAUCUCCGCCUGUCACACUUUCGCCUGUCUUCCUAUGUUGUCCUGGUUGUCUCAAAGCAAAAGGGAAUUACAAUCGUCUUCAAAACGGAUCCUCUUCAAAAUGUCGACAUCAAUUCUACUUUCGAUUCCAUCGCCGUUAUACAGAGCUUCAUUCAGCGGGAAAUUGAGGGUCAGCUGAGGCAAAUGUUCCGGGAAGACCUCCCGUCCAUCAUCCACCGACUAAGUCAACAAUGGGUCAAGGCAAAGGUGGAAACGCCGUACAAGAAACAGAAUCAGGACUCUUUGCAGAAAGCUCCACCUCCUACACCAACAGAACCUGUGCCUAGGCCACUUGGAAUCAGCCGGUCGCGCUCUGCAGGACACGCCCUCGAAACGAUGUCAACACCAGAUCUUUCAGCACCACAAUUUGACAGACGGCGAACAGCAGCUUCGGAUAUCCAUGGACCUGCCUUCCUUCGACCGCCACUCGCAACUGCCCCUCGGCGACCACAAUCAACGACAGGGAUAUCAGUCGCUGGACGUGGUUCUCCACUAUCUGCUCCACCUAUCACCCACCCUACCAAUUCAUCCACAAGCACUAUCACUUCAACAUCUACUGCUGCUGAACCCAGCACAUUCCCAGACCUUGAACACUUUGAUCCGACAUAUGGCCUUCGCCCCGAAGGUCUCCCCACCAAACCAGUAUUCAAAGGCUUCAGCAAACUCUUUGCACCGAACAAAGGUUUGGCGGACCUCGCCGAGGAGAUAUCGUCACAGUCAAGUAGUGUGGCUGAUGGUGACAGUGACUAUCUCUCCUCGGGCUCAGCAACCGAUGAGGAAGAGUACGAGCGUAAUUCCUACGACUUUGUCGAAUGGGGAAGUACCACCGGCCCGAACACUACACCUCCAGAACCAGUUGUAGAAUACGAAACUAUCCCUGCUAUUGGUGGAGGAACUAUUACCAGACCCCGUGUCGUCCACGCCCAAUCGCAGAUCCAACUCCCGCCUGGAGUGUCACCAGUCGCGUCCUCACCAUCAAGAAACGUCGCCACCGUCCUUUCUCGAACAGGAAGUGGCAGUAAUGGGAGUCGUUCUGGGGCUGUCACACCCGGUAUACUUUCACGGAACCCAAGUAACCCGUACUUUGCAGACCGCCUUGCGGCUCUACCGCAUAUCUACCGACCUCAGAAUAUCUCUUCCGGGCCUCUCAGCGCGCCGCCUAUCGCGAGUAGCUCACGGAGGCCAUUCUCUCUCGCUGGUGGUUACGAUGGCCAUGAAGAUGUCAAGAUGAAACAACGGGCAUCUUACGCCUACUCCGUCCACGAAGAAGCCGUCUACAUGCAACAUACCGGCGGUGCCGUUAACAGGUACCCGCACCCUUACGACCUCGAGCGGCACCGCUACCAGAGUGAGUCCAAAUACGACGACGAAGACAUAGAAGACUAUAGCGAUGAAGAAGAUAACGGUCGAGGUCCGCACCACUACCACCCAAGAGCGCACCGAACACGACAUGAAGCGCACGACGACUAUUUCACUUCUAGGCACCCAAGCGCCUCCGUCCCCCCUUCCUCACCGCCCCGCUCAUCCGCACGCCCACCAUCGACCAUCAAGCGCCGCCUCUCCGUCUCCUCCAACACCACCAACCGCACAUCCUUCUCCGCCUCUUCCGCGUACAAACAUCACCACCCUAAUCACUCCUCCCUUUCACUCGAUCCCUCCUCGAGUAUAUCGAACCACCCUGGUAACGACAAGGCGAAGAUCGUGUUGAGACCUUCGUUAUUGAACAACUCCAUCCACCACCUCUCUACACUCUCGCAUUCAAACCAUACGUUAUCACCUUAUACGCGAAGUUUCGAGCACUUCGCCGUGAGGAGUGGGCCGCCGAGGGGGAGCGGCGCUGCGUCUGCUGUUGUGAAGAGUGGGUCGGGAUCGGGGAUACCGACACCUAGCACGAGUGGAGCAGGAGGAGGAAGCGGGAUGGCAGGUGGGGGAAUAGGGUUGGCAAGUGGAAGCGGCGGUGGAAGUCUAGGACGCGCAAAGGGUCUUACGACUACCGCUGGUAUCGUCGGUUUGGGGGCCGCCACUUCGAGGUUAGGAAAGACGAAAGCGGAUGUCGUGCCUAAAGCCAGAAGGAAGCGGGUCUUCAGGAUUGGAGGGAAGAAGCCUGAGGAUAACAGUAAUGCCGCUCCUGGUGAAACGGACACAAGGAACGUGAGUCGGGAGGAGUAUGGUGCGGAUGAAAUUGGUGAGGGGUAUGUGGAGGGGCUGGGCCAUGCGAGUGGUAGGGCGGGCAGUCAGAUGGGAAAGAGGCCACGGCCACGACAUCGGAAGAAACCUUCGUAUGCGGCGAGUGGGACUGACUUCGACGAGGCCGACAUGGACCGAUACUUCAAGUCGAUGCAUGAUGCAGAGGAGGAAGCCACUCCGGUUCCUAGGAGUAAGGAUAGGAGACCAUAA